AUGGAGACUUAUUUCCAGUAUAAACGGCUUCAGCAGCAUGUCCGCCAGCAGCUGUUGACUCCGAAGAACAGCUGCAGCCCGGGACACACCGUCGGCUCUCCCUAUCCUGCAAGCUGCGAAUUGAGAACUCACCAAAGCGUUCCGGAGCUGCCAGUUUCAGAGGACCUGAUCCUUGUCAGCUGGGAUGGGCCUAAUGAUCCAUUCAACCCUGCAAACCAGAGCACUACCCGGAAGCUUUUCAUGACUGUCCUUGUUUCCCUGAUAGCCCUCGCUGUCUCUGCCGCAUCCGCAAUUGAUGCUUGCGGCGUCAGAGAAUAUAGUGCGCACUUCCAGGUAUCCGAAGUCGUUGGUUCUCUCGCAACAGCUCUCUUCCUCGUCGGCUUCGCGUUCGGAUCUCUUCUCUCCGGCCCUUUUUCCGAAAUGUUUGGACGCAACGCGGUCUAUAUAACAACCAUGCUCCUCUACCUCCUCUUCAUCAUGGCAUCCGGCCUCGCGCAAAACCUGCAUAGCCAUCUUAUCUUCCGCACCCUCGCCGGCUUCUUUGCCUCGACCCCGCUAAGCUGUGCAGGCGGCACGGUCGCAGACUUGUGGGAUCCAAUCGAAAAGACCUACGCUUUUCCUGUCUACGCUAUACCAGCAUUCACAGGGCCCAUGAUCGGGCAGGCCAUUGGAAGCUAUAUCCCAGAAAAGCUAGGCUGGCGGUGGCUGGAGUGGAUAAUGCUAAUAACCGGAGGCGCCGUCCUGGGCUUGGUCUUCCUAUUCCAGCCAGAGACUUACGGGAAUCUGAUCCUGCAUUGGAAAGCAUCGAUACUGCGCCAGGAAACAGGUGAUAAACGAUACAGAGCCCCCAUGGAGAUGAAGCAGGAGAGUCUAGCACAACGGCUAAAGAUCUCUGUCUCGCGUCCCUUUGCAAUGUUCUACUCCGAGCCCAUCAUCAUCCUUGUCUCACUCUAUUUGACCGUUAUCUAUAUUAUCCUCUUCACUUUUCUCGAGGGCUACACGUAUAUCUUCGGCGAGAUCUACGGCCUCUCGCAGGGCCUGACGAGCAUUUGCUGGACUGGUAUGAUAGUUGGAGACUUGCUUGUCGGAUUCCUAGUCCCAGUCGUGUAUGCGUGGACUAAACGGGCCUAUGAGCGCACAAAGCCUGCACCCCUCGCCCCUGAGAUGAGGCUAUGGUACGCAAUGCUCGGCGGUGCGCCCGCUGUGCCGGUCAGCUUGUUCUGGAUGGGGUGGACCAGCAAGGCGUCGAUAUCAAUCUGGUCCCCCCUCGUCGCCUCGGUUCUCUUCGGCUACGGCAUAACCACCAUAUUCAUCGUCGCGUACAUGUAUCUCAUCAAUACGUACGCCACCUAUGCAGCCUCCGCGUUGGGAUUCCUGGUGUUCACGCGGUAUGUGGCUGCGGGGGGUGUGACUGUUGCCGGAGGCCUGAUUUAUCGCGCACUCGGGGUGUUUUAUACACUCACGAUUCUGGGCUCUGUUAGUGCGCUGAUGGCAUUUGUGCCCUACCUGCUGUAUAUCUAUGGACCUAGGAUACGCAAGAGAAGUAGGUAUGCGGUUAACAUUAACGCACCGUGA